AUGGCGCCUGUCAAAAGGAAAUUAUACCAGCGUUUGCUGUUUUGUGUCGUUUUUCUUCCAAUCUCAGGUGUUUUGUGUUUUAGUGAGUUAUUUUUUAUCAAGGAGCCCCAUGAUGUCACCGUCAUGCGGAAAGAUGCUGUUAUUUUGGACUGUCAGGCGCACGGAGAGGCACCUAUUGAUGUCAGAUGGCUCAAAAAUGGGAUAAAACUGGUGGAGAGCGAGCGGAUCUACCUUCUCACCAAUGGUUCCCUUUACAUUUCGGAGGUGGAAAGCAGAAGAGGAGACAAAUCAGAUGAAGGGUUUUAUCAGUGCCUCGCUCAGAACAAGUAUGGAGCAAUCCUGAGCCAGAAAGCUCGUCUUACAAUCGCAAGUAUCUCCUCCUUUACAAUCCAACCAACAUCCAUAGUGGUGACAGAAGGCUCAGUUGCCAGGUUUUCCUGCAAAAUCACUGCACACCCUCCUCCCAUCAUCACUUGGGAGUUCAACCGGGUCACAUUACCUCUCGCCACUGAAAGAAUCACAGUCCUGCCCAGUGGUGUUCUUCAGAUCCACGGCGUGCAGCAAGCACAUGCUGGGAAUUACCGCUGCACAGCCACCAACAUCGCCAGCCGCCGACGGAGCGCAGAGGCCACCCUCACUGUUACCCCAGCUCUGCACCCCAAACUCCCCCAGAGGCCGCACAUCAUUGCUGGGCCUCAGAAUAUGACUGUGUCUCUGCACCAGAGUGCCAUCCUGGAGUGCAUGGCUACAGGAAAUCCCCGACCCCUGAUCUCCUGGAGCCGAGCCGACAGCAAAUCUAUUGAUGUUUACAACACCAAAGUGCUUGGAAACGGCAACCUUAUGAUCUCGGACAUCAAGCCCCAACAUGGAGGAGUCUACAUGUGUAGAGCCACCACUCCUGGCACACGGAACUAUACUGUGGCUGCAGCCAACAUCACUGUGCUUGCACCACCCUCCUUGGUGGAAUGGCCAGAGAGCCUGACUCGCCCACGUGCUGGCACUGCCCGCUUCGUGUGCCAGGCUGAAGGAGUCCCCACACCCCAGAUCACCUGGCUGAAGAACGGGGAGAAAAUCCACUCCAAUGGGCGCAUCAAGAUGUACAACAGCAAACUGAUUAUCAACCAGAUCAUCCCUGAAGAUGAUGCCAUCUAUCAGUGCCAGGCAGAGAACGAGCAGGGGUCCGUCCUGUCCAUGGCGAGGCUCAUCGUGGUGAUGUCAGAAGACCGGCCCAGUGCACCCAGGAACAUCCGGGCCGACACCGUGUCCAGCUCCGCCAUCCUGCUGGCUUGGGAGAGGCCUCUGUAUAACUCGGAUAAAGUUAUCGCCUACUCAGUACACUACAUGAAGGCUGAGGGCUUGAACAAUGAGGAAUAUCAAGUAGUCAUUGGCAAUGAUACAACUCGCUACAUUAUUGAUGACUUGGAGCCUGCGCGCAACUACACCUUCUACAUCGUGGCCUACAUGCCCAUGGGAGCCAGUCGCAUGUCGGACCAUGUGUUCCAGCACACCCUCGAGGAUGUUCCCCUCCGCGCCCCUGAGCUCAGCCUGACCAGUCGCAGCCCCACGGACAUCCACGUUUCUUGGCAGCCUCUCCCGGACAAACUAAGUCGUGGCCGGGUCACGGCCUACCGCUUGUCUUAUCGCACCAGUACUGAGCAUGCUGUCACACAGAUGGAGCUUCCUGGAGAGAGGACCCAGCACCUCCUGGAGAACCUGCAACCGGACACCAUCUACCUGCUGCGUAUAGUUGCCGCAACCAGUGUGGGAUGGGGUGAACAGUCAGCCUGGACCUCCCAUCGCACCCCAAAGGCCUCCAGUGCUCAAGUUCCUCUGGCACCAGAGCUGCAUUUGGAGCCCUUAAACUGCACCACCCUCCUGGUGCGCUGGCAGCUGGCACCCAGAAACUCAGCCGGCAUCCAAGGUUACCGUCUCUUCUACCACGAGGAGAGCCAGCCUGAGAGUUCCCCGAUUCAGCUGCGUGCUUCGGAUAACAGACACACCAUCGGAGGCCUUGACCCACGAAAGAAGUACCAUGUGAAGCUCCUGGCUUACAAUUUCAUUGGAGAUGGCUACCAAGCAGACCAGACUAUCAGCACGCCUGGAUGUGUCUCUGUUAGAGAUCGCCUGGUGCCCCCUCCGCCGCCACCACACCAUGUGUAUGCAGAGACUAACAGCUCAACUGCUGUAUUUCUCCACUGGGGGCGACCAGCUUUCACUUCCAGCCAUACAGUCAACUACACCAUCCGCUGCAACCCUGUUGGUCUGCAAAAUGCUUCCCUGGUGCUUUACCUGCAGACGGGAGAGCAGAGCCUCCUGGUGCGGGAUCUGGAGCCAAACACCAAGUAUGAGUUUGCAAUUCGCCUUCACAUUGACCAGCUGUCCAGCCCCUGGAGCCCCGUGGUGUAUCAGAGCACUUUCCCUGAAGCUCCCACACUGCCCCCUUCCAACGUGAAAGUGACUCUCAUUGAGGAGGACACAGCACUCGUAUCAUGGAAGCUCCCGGAUGAGCCCAACAUAGCCGUGACACAUUACACCAUCCUGUAUGCUUCCAGAAAGGCUUGGAUAGCUGGGGAAUGGCAAAUGCUGCAAAGAGAAGGGAGCAUCACCAUGGCGCUGCUGGAAAACCUGAAGCCUCAACAGGUUUACUUGGUGAAAGUUUCUGCAUCCAACGAGAUGGGUGAUGGACCGUUUUCUCACACGGUGGAGCUGGCUGUCCCUCCUGAGGGUUUAUCCUCCGGUCAUGUUCCUCGCCUCUCCCAUGGCUCCCCACACACCUCAGUCUUUUCUGAUGGCUUCUACCACCUGGACCAAAAGUCAAUGACAGGGAUCAUUGUGGGAGUCUGCAUCGCAUUGAUCUGCAUAAUCAUCUGUGCUUUCAUCAUUGUCUGUCGGGGCAAAAACAGGAAAUUUUCAGCUGUUAAGACGUACAGGCAAGGAGCUAGCACCUCUGGUGCCACUGCGCACCAUUUGGGCCCUGAUGGACAGGCUGAGAACAUGGAAGUGAUGGUUCCCAUGAUGACUGAAGACCAUUUCAUUGAUGCCAAGGGUGGAACAAAUCUAAUCAUCAACAGUCUUGGACCAGUUCUUCCCAAUAGUGAGAGGAAGAAGAAAUGGUUUUGCUUCCCCAAUGAGGAGAAAAAGAAUGUUAAGGCGGUGCAGGUGCAGAGCAGCAGACACGGAGACGCUUCGUUCAAGCCGGGUACCACGAUGCUGUGUUAUGAAGAGGAGCUGUCCACAGAUCCCCACCAGCCCACCACCCUGCAGGUGCUGCUGGGACCCCACGGCGACACCGAGGGCUCCUCCAACAGCGAGGGCAGCCAUGCCACAGGCGACUCAGGCCGUUACUCUCACGACGAGACAGAGAUGACCAACCUGUCCUCUGGUCCCAGCAGCCGGCCCUCAUCUCUGAGCACGGAGGACAGCGGGGGGUUGGACAGCAGCGCCCCGGCUCAGACAGGUCAGCUGAAAGAGAGCGGCCAGCCUGACCUGAAGGCAACAGAGGCUGCUGAGGAUGGCUGCCGUCACCAUGACACACAGAGCAGUUCUCAGCCUGCACUUUCUCUCUAA